UCCCGGGAAGAACCGCGCGCCAUGGGGACCUGGCGGCGUUUAUUGCUUUUUGGCAGGGUGUCACUCCGGGGUGGUUGCGGGGCCGCUGCACCGUCCCUGGGGCGCCGAGCCUUGAGUUGUGGGCGCCAGUUGUUAGGCGCUGAAGGUGAGGCCUUGAAACAAAGAAGAACACAAAUCAUGUCCCGAGGACUUCCUAAGCAGAAGCCCAUAGAAGGUGUUAGAGAAGUUAUUGUUGUGGCCUCUGGAAAGGGUGGAGUUGGAAAGUCUACCACUGCAGUGAACCUUGCUCUCGCACUGGCCGCGAACGAUUCGUCCAAGGCGGUUGGCUUGUUAGAUGUAGAUGUGUACGGCCCUUCCAUUCCAAAGAUGAUGAACCUGAAGGGAAAUCCAGAAUUAUCACCAAACAACCUAAUGAGGCCUCUUUUGAAUUAUGGUAUUGCUUGCAUGUCUAUGGGAUUCUUGGUUGAAGAGACUGCACCACUUGUUUGGAGAGGCCUUAUGGUGAUGUCAGCCGUUGAGAAACUAUUGAGACAGGUCGAUUGGGGUCAACUGGACUAUUUGGUUGUUGACAUGCCACCAGGAACAGGAGAUGUGCAGUUAUCAGUUUCACAGAAUAUUCCUAUUUCAGGUGCUGUGAUCGUCUCCACACCUCAGGACAUUGCGCUGACGGAUGCCCGCAAGGGUGCAGAGAUGUUUCGAAAGGUCCACGUGCCCGUCCUUGGCCUUGUCCAAAACAUGAGUGUCUUCCAGUGUCCAAAGUGUGAACACAAAACCCAUAUUUUUGGUGCUGAUGGUGCAAGAAAACUAGCGCAGACCCUUGACCUUGAUGUCCUAGCUGCAGCAGCCGCCGUCUGUGUGCACAGUUCGGGAGUCAUUCAGCGUCUGCUGGAAACAUGGAAUAAUGAGUGUGUUCUCUUCCAGGCCAGAGCUUACCUGCACAUUGCUUCAGAAGUGGUGAGAAGAUUGCAGCCACCUCCAGAAUGAUUCCCAAGCGCCCUGGAAAUGUCCUGGUGUUUGAUAAUCACAGACUGUCAUAAAGGAGCACUGUGGUAGUGUGGAACCCACAAAAAUAAUGACAAUCGUGAUGAUUUUCUUUCAUUUCUGAAGAAAUAAUGUCUCAUGUUCAGAUCUGAUUUGACAAGCCAUGACUCACAAAUAAAGUGUGUGUGUGUGUGUGUGUGUGUGUGUGUGUGUGUGUGUGUGUGUGUCUGCGCUGACCGCUGUGUUUGGGGUUAGACAGCUGCUGUGUCCGCGUCACUGCAGUCCUUUGCUUCAGCCACCUCUUGAGGAACCAUGACCUGUGAAGCUACAGUCCCAGGUCUGGAGAGGACUGCACUCCUGCUGAGUCACGAUGAGUCGCUCCAAGUGUUUGCUGACUGUGUACAUGGAUGGAAAUGGAGCACCUUGCUACCAGGCAGUGUGGUUCAGGUUUGGACCUUGCCUGUAGUCCUGUCUUAGACAUGUUCUUGAUGGAAAGGACUUUUACUUCCUGUGGCAUAGGUUUGCCCAGACUUGAUGAAUCCGAAUCUCCAGGAUGGGACAAUGAUAUCAAAAUUAUUGAUAAUGAUUUUGGUUAUGACAGUGUCUUAGUCACUGUUCUCUUGCUGUGAAGAGACACCACCACCAUGGCAGCUCUUCUAAAAGAAAGAAUUUCAUUGGGACUUGCUAACAUUUCAGAGGUUUAUUUAGUCCAUUAUCAGCAUGGUGGCAAGCAGGGCAGUAAGCAGGUAAGGUAGAUACGGUGCUGGAGAGGUAGCUGAGAGUUCUACAUCUGGAUCAGCAGGCAGCAGGAAGAGAGAGACACUGGGCCUGGCUUGAGCAUUUAAAACCCCAAAGCCCACCCCCAGUGACACACUUCCUCCAACUAGGCCACACCUCCUAAUCCCUGUCAAGUAGAGCCACUCCCCGAUGACUAACAUUCAAAGAUAUGAACCUAUGGGGGCCAUUCCUAUUCAAAGAACCACAGAAAAUAAUUAUGAUAAUAAAAAUAACGUUUGUCAAGUGA